CACCACCAUGGAUCCCCGACUGCCUGCCUGGGCGCUGGUGCUGCUGGGCCCCGCCCUGGUGUUCGCGUUGGGCCCCGCGCCCACCCCAGAGAUGCGUGAGAAACUGUGCGGCCACCACUUCGUGCGCGCGCUGGUGCGCGUGUGCGGGGGCCCCCUCUGGUCCACGGAGGCCAGGAGGCCUGUGGCAGCCGGCGACGGUGAACUGCUGCAGUGGCUGGAGAGACGACAUCUACUCUAUGGACUGGUGGCCAACAGUGAGCCUGCGCCGGGAGGACCUGGACUGCAGCCCAUGCCCCAGACUUCUCACCAUCAUCGCCACCGCCGUGCAGCUGCCAGCAACCCUGCACGCUACUGUUGCCUCAGUGGCUGUAGCCAACAAGACCUGCUGACCCUCUGUCCCUGAUGAUUCCUCCUUGGGUGCAGCCUCAGAGUGGCCUAAGGCCCCGAGGGGUCUGGUCUGCUGAGCUCCUAAGACCACACAGCACCAUAAAGUCCCACAUCUGCAGGAACAUCGUUGAUUACCUCCGGGGACGAGAUGCUCACUAUCUACCCCACACCAAUGCCACCUGCAGCCUGUGGCGUCAACUGUAGAAUAAAUCAUACCGUAGCUCUGGCCUGGGGGAUCCCCGCUUUCACAGAUGCUGGACACUGAGAGCCAAAUGUCCUCACUCCGGAGGAGCCUGAUGCUCUGCUCCCUGCAUGUGUAACACCCCUUCCUGCUGUCUCCUAGUAAAUAAACAACGCGAAGCAGCUUUCUGCA